AUGCCAAAGCAUUCGCUGACGUUGUCAUGCCAGUCCAUAGCUGUGGCUGAGAAGGCAGAAGAUCUUGAACCGAAUGCAAAUGAGGCGGCAAAGGAUGAAGAGGCUGCAGCGAAGGAGCACUUUGAGGAAGAUGAUGUCAGGCCCUCUGCUCUUACAAUCAAGUCGUACAACUGCACGGAGAUUGUUCCAACUCUUCCAGCGAGGAUGGCUGUUCAUGCAGACUCGUGUAGUCUUUGGAGGAAGACUGGGCACGUAGAGGAUGAGUUCCGAAGAAAGCUUAUGGAUUUUGGCUUGAACUGCCUCAGUCUCACCCCCUCAGAUAUCAGUUUUCUCACAGCUGACGGAGAUCCUGCAUUCCGCACAUCCGAAAAGUAUUUUGACUGGGGGGUGCAGAUAACUGUGCGAGAUUGCAAUGGACAUCCGAUGGCUGUCAUCAAGGAAAACUUGCUGCAUUCAUUCGCCCACAUGCCUCGUGCUGAAUAUGUUGUAGAGCUUCCAGAUGGAACUGAAGUUGCCAGGAGCAAGCAAGGAUCAUUUCUUUCAGAUACAUUCAUGGUGUUCAAUACUGAUCCCUCAGCUGCUGCGGAUGAGGGCGAAGGUGAAGAGGGAGCAGAGGCAAGCCCCAAGGGGCCAGAGCCUCUCGCAUAUGCCCGAUUAAGCAAAGGGAGCAAGAUUCGUGGCCAAUUUUGUAUGGGUGGUGCCUGGCGAUUGAACGUCAAUGAGUACGCUGGUGGAUUUUGGAGUGAUCCCAGGAGCAGAGAGGUUCUGAUGGUUCUAGUGACGGUGAAGUCUGUGCGUGAUGCCGAUCGGGACAAUAUGGGCCGGGUGAGCGAAGCAAGAUGCCAAGAAAGCUUCUGGCUGUCAAUUGUCGUUGUCCCGCUUUUUCUUUUGGCAAUCGUACUCGCGUUUUUCUGCUUGCCGGACAGUGCUUGCAGCAUCAUCUGUGGAUGCUUCAAGCGGAUGAAAUAUCAUCCGGUCUAA